AUGAACUCACUGUCGUUUUCCGCCUUGCUCUCGAAGGGAAGGCGAGCUGCCAGAGGGCUCUCAGUGGAUGCUGACCCCGGAGAGGCCUUAAGGUACCUUAUUCAAGACCCUCACUGGCCCUUUUGGAGGGGCAAUCUCUCAUCCCACCCGCCCUCGGCCCUUCUGCAGCUCUUCAUCUACCUACGUAUCUCUGCUCUGGGUCGGUCUGAAAGCCACCGCUUCACCUUCUUCAUCACUGCUCCUCUCGCCAUUGGCACGCCUUCUCGCCGUUUCGAUAUCCAUCGCCGCGCCUCACACGCCAGCUGGCUCUCUCAAUAUUGCAAAGCUUUCAGUUUCCCUGACGGUCAAGUCCAACCGGACAUCCCGUACCUGGAGCAAGCUUUGCAUCGCGAGCCUCUCCCCAACACACCAUUCCGCAUCUCUUUCAGACUUCAACAGAACAUUCUACAACCUAGCGUUGAACAUAUCAACUCGAGACCGUCCUUGCCUUUUCAUCCUUUCGCCAUUCUUUGCGGACGCUCCAAAAUGCCCCUCUUCAAGUGA